AUGAAACCAAGACAGAAGCAUACCUGGUUGUUUAAGCAGAUACUGCAGGAGAGACAAACGGCUUUGCAAUGGUUUCAAAUUGAUCCUGGUGACGGCACUAACAUCAGUUUUUGGAAGGACCCAUGGACAAAGUUUGGCAAGCUCAUAAACUUCAUCGGACAUACUGGACCACGACUUACUGGACCACGACUUACUGGAAUCCAUCUCGACACCUCAGUUGCUGAUGUCUGGAGAGAUGGAGGUUGGCUAAUCCAUUCGGCAAGGUCAAGUGAAAUGGAAGAACUCAUCACCUAUCUAACCACCAUCACCCUCAUUGAUGCACCUAGCUCUCCAUUUUGGAUUAAUAAUGGAAGAAACAUGAGAUCAUUCUCAUCCUCCAACGUGUAUAACUUCCUUCUCCCAACCACCCCGACCGUCCCGUGGCGCCCUCUCAUCUGGAUCAAAAGAGAUAUUCCAAAGCACCAGACUCUAGCUUGGUUGAUGCUACUAAACCGAAGUCCUACAAGAGACCGGUUAAUAACUUGGGGAUUACAAGUGGACCCACUAUGCUUGCUCUGCAACCAAGGGAAUGAAUCGCGCGACCAUCUCUUCUUCUCCUGCUCAUUCUCUGCUACCGUCUGGAAUCACUUCUCAACAAGCUUCGGUAUCACCUCUCCCUCGACCUCAUGGAGCGAUGUAGCUCAAUCCCUCAUGGCCCAUUCGGGAACCAAAACAUCAAAUUCCUCUUCACCGUCACUUGGCAAGCCACGAUCUAUACUCUCUGGUGGGAACAUAAUGAUCGACUCCAUAGAGGAACUCAUCAGCCUCCUGGUCUUCUGA